CGAUUCAAAAACUUCGGCGUUUCUUUUUCAAAACAAUCGAUCCCCAAAACCUACGGCUCUAAUCCUUGUCUAUGGAUUUUCCUACUUUUAUUUUCCAAAAUACCCUAGUCGUCCAAAAAGACUUAGAAUGAAACUCAGGGACGAAAUCGUAAAUAUUCCCAUAGAGACGUAGCGUACUUUAAUUUCCAAAAUACCCCGAGAAGUCAGCGGAUGUAACUCAGGGGCGAAAUUAUAAACCUCUCCUCAAAAUGACUGCGCCGACGAUGACAUGUCAAGAUAUGAUUGGUCACGGCAAUUAACCGGAGCCGCCACCAUACAAUACCCGAUUUCUUCUUUCUCCUUGUUCCGGUAACGGAUCCGAAACAGCUUUUGGGUAUCUGCCAAGGGAAGAAGCACAACCCGCCAGUUGAAUCUCAAAAAUAAUUCUGAAAACUCUAAUUUAUUGAGUAAAAUCUGAAAUCAAGGUUGAGAUGAAACGUUCUUUGAUCUUUCUUCUGUGGUUCAUCUCCAUAUCGGGCGUUCUCGCAAUCUCAACGAAGCCGGAGACCUCCCUCUUGAAUCUCGACAGCAAGGGUUUCGAUAUCUUGAAGGCCAAUUCCAUAGUGCCACAAGCGCCUAAAAAUGAUAUAGCGCUAGUGGCUGCUUUAGAUGGGACAAUUUAUCUCGUGGAGGCUAGUUCGAGGAAAAUACUGUGGUCGUUCGCGUCUGGUUCAUCUAUCUAUUCUUCGUAUCAGGCUUUUCUUGAUGGUGAUAACGACAAGCAGCUGAGUACUGACUUCUUUAUAGAUUGUGGAGAUGAUUGGGAACUGUACAGGCAUAACAUUAGCUUCGGAAAAAGGGAAAAACUUCUAUUGACUCCUGAAAAAUAUGUUGAAGGUGCGCCUUAUGUAUCAAAGGAUGGAGUCACAGUGGGAUCAAAGAAAACCACAGUAUUUCUUGUUGACGCCAAAUCUGGAACAAUUAUUAACACUUUUAGAUCAGAUGCUUCUCCUUUGAUAGGAGGGUUUCAAAGUGAUGAAGAAAACCCUAUUCUAUCUAGGGAAGAGAUUGAAGAAUUGAUAGAGCCUGGUGAUGUGGAUUUGCAGAAAGUUGAGCUGCCACUUUACAUCAUGAGGACAGAUUAUGUACUGCAGCAUUUCUCUCCAACUUCUGGCAAGGUGUUGUGGAAUGUAAAGUUUGCUGAUAUUGAGGCUGUUUUUCAGUGUCCAGGGACUGAGAUUGGUUCAGAAUAUAUGAGUGAUAUUGAGUCUCCAUUGCAUUGUCAGACAAGGGCUUCUGUAUACCGAAUCCGUGAGCCUAGCUUGUUAGAUUCUUUUCCCAUGCAUGAUAGACUACCUAAGACUCUUCCUGCUGUGGAAGUGCUCUCUCUUCCUGCUUCUGAACCCAAAUCCCAUAGCUUGUUAGAUUCUUUUCCCAUGCAUGAUAGACUACCUAAGGCUCUUCCUGCUGUGGAAGUGCUCUCUCUUCCUGCUUCUGAACCCAAAUCUCUUUCACAGCCUGUUGGCAGGUUACCUGGACCUCAUCACCUUGGCCAAGGCAAACCACUGCUUGCAUUGCCCCUUUCUGAGGGGACUUUGAGUGUUCAUGGUGGUGAUGCUAGUGAAAUGGAUAUCAUGAGUAUUGUUUCUGACAAUAUUGAGAAACUUGGAAUAUGGGCUGCCCCACUACUGUUCAUUGUUGGCUUCAUCAUUUACCAAUUUUUUGCAGUUCGAGAACCUGGCAAAUCAAGGCCCAAGGAUUCUAAAGUACAAGGUAUCAGUCCCAAAAAGAAGAAAGCUCGGAAAUCAGUAAUCAAUAAGAACAAUGCCAGUAAUGAGAAAAGGCAUGGAAAUAUCUCACAUGAGAGUAAGGUUGCAGACAAUAAUGGACUUUCACAAGUCGAGAGAAAUGAAAUAAAAUUGGAGUUGAACUCUAAUAGUCUUGCUGAUGUUCAUGUAGGCGAACGCAAGAUUGGUAAGAUGCUUGUAUCUAAGAAAGAAAUUGCUAAGGGAAGCAACGGUACCAUUGUACUUGAGGGAAUUUAUGAUGGCCGUCCAGUAGCUGUUAAACGCCUUGUGCGGACACAUCAUGAUGUGGCUUUGAAAGAAAUUCAGAAUCUUAUUGCAUCAGAUCAGCAUCCAAAUAUUGUUCGAUGGCAUGGAGUGGAGUAUGAUCAAGAUUUUGUUUAUCUCUCUCUGGAACGCUGCAAUUGUAGCUUAAGUGAUUUGAUUUAUUUAUGCUCCGAUUCUCAAGAUCAACUAGUUAACCAGGACUGGGAUUCCAACAUCUUGAAUGAGUAUAUUGUUCGAUUACAUUCAAUAAUGGAUCCAAACAAGGAUUUUGAAUUAUGGAAGACUAAUGGAUAUCCCUCUCCUCAGUUGUUAAAAUUGAUGAGGGAUGUGGUCUCUGGGCUAGCCCAUUUGCAUGAACUUGGAAUUAUACAUCGCGACCUAAAGCCUCAAAAUAUUUUGAUAAUCAUCAAGGGGAAAUCCUUAUCUGCAAAACUUUCAGAUAUGGGUAUCAGCAAGCGUCUUCUUGGGGAUAUGUCUUCCUUAACUCACCAUGGUACUGGUUAUGGGAGUUCAGGUUGGCAAGCACCUGAACAACUUCGCCAUGGACGCCAAACACGUGCAGUGGAUUUAUUUAGCUUGGGCUGUGUUCUUUUUUUUUGUCUUACGGGGGGUAAACACCCAUAUGGUGACAAUCUUGAACGUGAUGUGAAUAUUGUGAAUAACAGGAAAGACCUAUUCUUAAUAGAGAAUAUUCCUGAAGCUGUGGAUCUUUUCUCUCUUCUCCUAGAGCCUGACCCAGAUUUAAGGCCAAAGGCCAUGGACGUGUUGCAUCAUCCUUUCUUUUGGAGUUCUGAAAUGCGACUUUCAUUUCUUCGAGAUGUCAGUGAUCGUGUGGAAUUGGAAGACAGGGAGAAUGAAUCCCAACUCCUAAAACAAUUAGAAAGCAUUGGAACAUUGGCUUUGAAUGGGAAAUGGGAUGAAAAGAUGGAAGGUGCAUUCAUCAAUAACAUUGGCCGCUACAGGCGCUACAAAUUUGAUAGUGUCCGUGAUUUACUGAGAGUCAUACGAAACAAGUUAAAUCACUACAGGGAGCUUCCUUCAGAUAUCCAGGAAAUUUUGGGCCCGGUUCCUGAAGGAUUCAAUUUAUAUUUCUCGAGUCGAUUUCCAAGAUUCUUAAUCGAGGUUUAUAAGGUGAUACACACACACUGUAGGGAGGAAGAAUUCUUUCAAAAGUAUAUUCAAAGAAAUCUUAUCUAACCCAACCUCCUCUUUCUCCCUUCUUGCUUUCCCGGCUUCCCUUUUAGCUGCAAGAAAAUCUGUGAAAUAUACUGUAAAUAUUCAUUAUAUUAUACCAUCAACAGAUACAUGUAUCAUUUCAUUACCUCAGACGUAUUUAGCACACGUUUCCUUUUCUGAUGA